AUUUGCUUCAGGGCGCUUGGCUAUCUAGCUACCAUUGCUUGCUGUGCGUAACUAUUUUUCGGGUUUGACUUUUACAAAUUGGAAGAGUGUGUAUGAGUCAUUGUAAUAUUGUAUCAAAUACAAUAGGGGUAUUCUCUUGCUCUUGCAAACCCCGGUGCACGGUGCAAGCAUUGCAAAUUUACAACGGCACAACAACAAACACACGCAGAAAAAUAUUUGCAAGGGCUGUGAAAUAUGUCAGACCUAAACCCGUGUAUAUUAGCGUGCAAUGUCACGCAAAAAUAAAAUUGCAACCCUGUUGUAGUUGCCAUUUUACAUAAAGACAUAUUACGUCGUUAAAUUGUUGAGAAAGUUUUCCACAAAUAUGAAUAGCGAAGUUGCGCCCCCAGCAAAGAGGAAAAGGCAGCAGCCAAACAAGAAGUGGAAGGAGAGUGAGGUGCACUCUAUAAUUGAGUUUUUAAUGGAAGAGCCGGAAUUUGAGGCUCCAACUGCGCAAUUGUUUUAUAAACGAUUUUUACGUAACUCGCAGUUGGAUGUCUCAUGGGAUCUGGUGCGGUGGAAGGUCCGACAUUUGAAGGCGCAGUACCGUAAAGCCAAUGAUUGGCUCGCGUCAACGGGUGCAGGACUACAAGAUGAAGCUGACGGCAGUACCAUCGAAGCAAAAAUUGCUAAAAUGUGUCCGUACUACGACCAGCUGAGGGAAAUAUUUGAAAAGCGGUUGCCGGUAAUGCAACCGUUACUGGUUGAAAGCAACCUUCCUUCGCCUCAGUUAUGUCCAGUUAGUCCUGCACCAGAAUUCGAAGCAGAAUUCUUGGAAGAAUGUGUACCUGCUGCGCCAUCAAAUGCCGCAUCUUCGAUUGCACCGAUCUCCACACCGGUGUCAACAUGCCAACGGUCAAACACUCAUCCUCCAAAAUCAUCCAUUGGACAAUUGGCGGCUAUCCAAGCAGAAAAAAUUGCUAUGGAAGCGAAAAAACUUGAGUUCGAUAAAUAUAAAUUCGAGGAAGAAAAGAAAAUUCAAGAAAAAAAGUUAGACAUUGAGUCAAAAAAAUUAGAAAUAGAGUUAAAAAAAUAG